GUUAAUCGGUAUUUUAGGAUGGGGAGAUGAAAUCGGCAUGUAAAUAUUAAGUGAUGAUGGCAUUUGGUAAACGAAUUUAUGUGAUCGUAUGCUUAUAUUUAUGUUUGAUUGCUAAAGGAUCGGGCUAUUAUAUUUCUUCGACGAGUGAGACGUGGCAAGCUGCUGGUACGUACUGUGAGCAUGCACAACCAAAAUAUCAGUAUAAAGGCAGUGGUGUUCUUGAACUCAACGAUACCAUCGAGAUUGACGGAGAUAUUCCUGAGGCUGGUGUUUGGAUCGGAUAUUUCAAGGCAUUUACAGAGUUUGAGUUCGAAGGUUGCGGAAUGAAUAAUACUGGCAAUAUAACGUACACAGUUUACAGUCUGGCCCAAUGUCAUCAUCUCUGCGGAGGAACCCAUAUUGGGCUUAUCGGUGCGACUAGUCUGAACUCUGACCCUCUAAAGAUGACAUGUGUGUGCAUAAACACACUGACGUAUUAUCUGAUUAACAACAUAUGCAUAUCUUGUGGUGAUAUCAUUUGUGGCAAGGACACGAGAAGGGCUGUGUAUAGCGUUUUACCCGAUACUACUUCCGAAGAAAGAACAGAUGAUUUCAAUUACUUAUGCAAAGUAUCUACCUCCAACCCGAACGCAUCCGCUUGGGUGCAUUGUUCAGAUACUUACACUAGCAAUACACGUGGUGUAUGGUGUAGACAAAAUGAAUCAGCACAACCAUUCGUUUCCGGGAUAAGCUUCUCUGCGUGAAAUACUGCUAAUGAUUAUUGCGCCAACAAUAGAUCAUUUCCGUCAUCUGCGGUAGGGUUCAAAGGCAGUCGUCCGUUCAACAAUAUGACAUUCACAAACAUUCGUCGUGAGUGGACUCUUCAUCCAGGAAAUGGUAUGGCUUGCAUGUUUCUUAUAUACUUGCUUUGGGCCCAGUAACAAGUGUAUUUUAUGUUUAAGCUGCUAAUCUUGCUAUUGUAAAAAAAGCAGAUCAGCUUAACAAACUAAUCUAGUUGUUAUUGACAGCCCUUAUGAUCGUAGACUGAUAUUUAAAACAAGUACGUUCAAAAUAACAAAACAAUUCCAUUAAUAGUAU